GUGAAAUUUAAAGGAGAAGGCUAUGGUGAUUGGAGGAGAAGUAUGAUGAUCUCUAUGUCAUCAAAGAACAAGCUAGGUUUUGUGAAUGGAACACUAGCUAAACCUGAUGUAACAGCUGACACUUAUCAGGCUUGGAUGAGAUGCAAUGACAUGAUGAUUUCAUGGAUACUGUUUAAUCUGGACACAAACAUUGCCAAAAGUGUGUUAUACUUUAACACAGCUAGAGAGAUUUGGCUAGACCUGGAAGAAAGAUUUGGAUACGUUUCUGGUCCACAGUUGUUUUCUCUUGAACAACAAGCUGCAGAAAUCACACAAGGAGGACAGAACAUUGCUGAAUUUUUCACAGAGAUUAAGUCUAUUUGGGACAAGAUAAGUGCUGCUAAUCCUCUGCCAUCAUGUACUUGCAACCAAUGUACAUGUAACUUGACUCAAAAGAUCUUCAAGAUGCAGCAAGACCAAAGGCUGAUGCAAUUCUUAAUGAAAUUAGGGGAACAUUUAAGCACUGCAAGGGGAAAUUUGUUGAUGAUGCAACCUUUGCCCACCAUCACUCAUGCUUAUAGGAUGUUGGCUCAAGAAGAAAGACAAAGAGAGAUCAGUGCUCCCAUGCAACAUACAGAGAAUCAUGAUUUCAUAGCAGAUAGAAGGAGGUAUAAUGACUUACAAGGAAGAAACAAUCCUUACAAAACUGGAUACAAGAACACUUAUCAGUAUGGUGGAAACAGAACUGGAUACAAGAAACCAUUUACAUAUUAUUGUGAUCAUUGCAAGGUCAAUGGACAUAGUACAGAAAGGUGUUUUAAGUUGCAUGGAUAUCCUCCAGGUUUCACUGGUUUUAAGAGUGACAAAAGAACAGCAGCAGCAGCUUACUUUGAUGAACCAUAUGGGGAUGAUAUGACAGAGUAUCAACCACAGUUCCAAGAAACUGACAGGGAACAACAACCAGGAUUUCUUACAGCUGAUCAGUGCACUCAGUUGUUAAGUUUGUUAACCAAACAACAGAAUGAGAAGAGUUCCACAGAUACACAGAAUGAUGAAGGAGAGGCUUCUGGCCAUGCAUUUAUGGCAGGGCCAUUUAAUGAAAAGGCCACAGGUUCUUGGUAGUGUGAGAUCAGGUCUGUACAGUGUGGACACAAGCAAAGAAGAUCCAGUUGUAACAAGUUCAACACAAUGUCUUUCAGCCACUGCAGAGUCAACAGAUGUGAAGAUAUGGCACCUUAGACUUGGUCAUAUGCCAUUUCUUAAGAUGAAACUUGUAGUGGAUAAUCUAGCUACUACCUGUAAUAAUGACAGUAUAUGUCAGAUAUGUCCAGCUGCAAAGCAACCUAGAAAUUCUUUUCCUGUAAGCAGUAUUAAGACUAAGAGAAGGUUUCAGAUGAUACAUCUGGACACUUGGGGUCCAUAUAAGAAUAAAACUCACAAUGGUUGUAC